CCAUUUUCCAGGCGGGAGCGGAUCUGCCGGGCGCUACCUUAAGAGCGGUCCCUGCGUGUCUGUAUUUAAGGAAGCGGAGGGGGUGUGCGCUGGCCUCCGGCCCGGGGCUCCGCGCCAGCCCUUGGCCUCCACGGCGGUGCCGGCCGCGCACGCAGGUGUCUGCGCGCUUCUCCUCCGCGCCAGCCAUCGCCUCGCUGCCGCCUGCAAAUGCUCAGCUUCUUCUGGCUGAGGUGUCUCUUAAAAAUGGUCAAGGAGAAUAUAGUAAUCCCUGAGGAGAUCUUGAGCUUCUGUUGCAAUGGCUUCCAGGGCUCCACCUCUCCGCCGUGUGCCCAGGACCCAGGGGAGCGGGAGGAGGCAGCGGGGGCCAUGGCGAGCCCUUCGCAUCCCCGCAACCCCACGGAGGUGCAGAUGAGCCAGCUGGUGCUGCCGUGCCACACCAACCACCGCGGCGAGCUCAGCAUCGGCCAGCUCCUCAAGUGGAUCGACACGGCCGCCUGCCUCUCCGCUGAGAGACACGCUGGCUGCCCCUGCGUCACAGCUUCCAUGGAUGACAUCUAUUUUGAGCAUACCAUUAGCCAGCCGCAUCUAAACGCUCCCGGGCGGCGGGACGGGAGGAGCGGUGUCGGCGUUGGGCAGGUUGUCAACAUCAAAGCCAAAGUGAACCGAGCCUUUAACUCCAGCAUGGAGGUGGGCAUCCAGGUGAGCUACGAGGACCUGUGCAGCGGGAAGCACUACAGCAUCUGCAAGGCGUACGCCACCUUCGUGGCACACAGCUCCUCCGGCAACAAGGUGACGCUGAAGCCGCUGAUCCCACAGACAGAGGAGGAGAAGAUAGAGCACAGCAUCGCUGCCGAGCGCCGCCGCAUGCGCCUGGUCCACAAGGACACCCUCAAGGACCUCCUCACCCGCAGCCCCCGUGAAACCGAGCUGGAGACACGGGAUGGCAGCGUGGCGGUGCCGGCAGAGAAGACACGGGUGGAGAGCGUGGAGCUGGUGCUGCCUCCGCACGCCAACCAUCAGGGCAACACCUUUGGAGGGCAGAUCAUGGCCUGGAUGGAGAACGUGGCCACCAUCGCAGCCAGCCGUCUGUGCCAUGCGCACCCCACGCUGCGGGCCAUCGAGAUGUUCCACUUUCGGGGACCAUCGCAGGUCGGGGACCGCCUGGUGCUCAAAGCCAUCGUCAACAACGCCUUCAAAAACAGCAUGGAGGUGGGGGUCUGCGCCGAGGCGUACGGCCAGGAGAUGUCCAUCAGCCGCAGGCACAUCAACAGCGCCUUCAUGACCUUCGUGGUGCUGGACCAGGAGGGGCGGCCCCGCUCCCUGCCCAUGCUGGCACCCGAGCAGGGGGAUGGAGAGAGGAGGUACAGAGAAGCCAGUGCUAGGAAAAAGAUUCGGCUGGACCGAAAAUAUGUGGUCUCCUGCAAACAGACCGAAGUGCCAUUAUCUGUGCCCUGGGACCAAAGCAACAAGGUUUAUCUGAGCUACAACAACGUCUCUGCACUGAAGAUGCUCGUGGCCAAAGCGAACUGGGCACUGGCCAGAGAAAAGGAAAAGGUGCAGAUGUACACACUGGAGGAGGACAAGUUCCUCUCCUUCCGCAUCGAGAUGUCCGUCCGCAUCGCUGCUUCCCAAGCCUUCUCCCUGCUCUCCGACCUGCGGCGCCGGCACGAGUGGGACAGCCACUACCUGAGUGCUGAGCUGGUCCAGCAAGUAGACGACGACGAUGUGAUCUACCACGUGGUGAGCCAGACACUGAGCUCCGAGAACAAGCUGCAGGACUUUGUCAUCCUGGCAUCCCGACGGAAACCCUGCAGCAAGGGGGACCCCUACGUGGUGGCCUUCCGGUCGGUGACGCUGCCCACCCACCCUGCCACUGCCAGCUUCACGCGGGGGGAGACGAUCUGCUCGGGGUUCUGCAUAUGGCCGGAGUCAGAGGAGAUGAGCAAGGUGGCUUACUACAACCAGGCGACCCCCGGGUACCUCAACUACGUGACCACCAACGUGGCGGGGCUCUCCUCUGCCUUCUGUGCCACGUUUGAAGCCUGUGAGAAGUUCCUGCUGAAGAACAAGGAGGAUGACCUGAUCGUGCGGCUGCAGAGCCUCUAGAGCCAGGGGAUGGAUGGAUGGAUGGAUGGAUGGAUGGAUGGAUGGAUGG